AUGAAAUCUUCAUCUGGUACUUCAUUGAGGAAGGUAUUCAAUCCUGAUUUGAAGCACUCUACUUUGAUAAUUCCUUCCGUCUCAAUUGGAAAUGUACCACAAUUAGCAAUAGAUUUGUUGAUUCACACUCAUAAUUUGGAGAAAGUAGACAGUUUGGAUGAUUUAUAUUUAUAUCCCUUUGCUUCUCCAGUUGAUUAUGUGACAGAACCAAAGAAGGGAAUAUCUCAUGCUGCUGAAGUUUUCCACAAUAAAGAUUUAAAUUUAACGUUGAUUCAACAACGGUCACCAAUACUACCAUAUAAUACUAAAUUAUACGUGACUAAUAUCAUCAUUCCCUUUAUCACAUCACACGAAUUCGAUAGAAUAUUGAUUUUGGACUCUCUGGAUGCUGGGUUAGUAGAGCAUAUAUCUAGUGGUGGUAUUGAAUUAUACACCAAAGAAGAUUUGUUGAGUGAAUCCUUAGAAUCCAUGAAAUUGAGUAAAGAAGAAUCUACAACAGCUGCACAUGAGGACAAUCGCAAUUCAAAAUACGUUAGAUGUCUUCUUGAAAAUUUUAAUUUAUCUAAUGAUAGCAAUGAAAGUCACAGCAAUGAAUUUAAAGAUGUUGUAAUUGAUCUUUUGGUUAGUUAUGUUUAUGAAGGUGACAACUUUUACGAUGGUGAAAAUUUGGCGAACAAGGUAAAUAGUGUGUUACUGUUACCGGCAGUUCAAAAGUGGGUAAGACCAGUAAGCUGGGCUGGGGUGUAUGGGGAUAAGCCUGUUCCUAAUGCUAUGGAGCAAGGUUUAUAUGGUUGA